CCUACUUCGCCGAGUUUCCGAUGGCGGUCCUCGUCCACUGCGACGACCCAGCGGCGCCUCCCGAGGAGCUAAGGCGGCUCCGCCGCAUGAUCUCCAACCGAGAGUCCGCCCGCCGCUCCCGCGCGCGGAAGAAGCGACACCUCGAGGGGCUCCGGUUCCAGUUGAGCCGGCUCCGGGCCUCCAAUCGCGAGCUUGCGGAACGGCUCGCCGGCCUGGCCCACCGCUCGCUCCUCGUCCGGCGAGACAACGACGGCCUGCUCGCCGAAGCCUCCGCGCUGAGCUGGCAGCUUUCCAAGCUCCGUCGGACCGCCGCCCUAAAACACGCCGUCCACCGGCCGGCGCCGCCGACUCCGGCGUCACCGCACUACGAUCUCGCUUGGGUCGCGUCGUUGAUGGCCUAAAACAACUACGAAUUAAGAGAUUGUGACGAAACUGCGUUCGAUUAAAAAAUUUCAAAUUUCUCA